AAAAAGAAUAACUCACAAAACAUAACUUAUCCAGGUGUAUAAAAAUAAUUUGGAUGAAACGCUAUUGCACAUGAGGAAAUAAAAUAGUGAUAUGAAACUGCUGAACAUGGAUUUAUAAUGGCUCUUCACUUCAGUUUUAGAUGAAUGUAUUCUUCACUAGUUUUUAAAAAUGGAACAUUUUUGGAAUAAACUCGAUGCAUGAUGUGAAAUCACAGUGGAUGUAAGGCAUGAAAUUUUUGAUUAAAAUGGCCGGUUCUUUACCAUGGCAACGGUGUUCAACUGUACACCCAGCAAGUCUAGCAAAGCAUCCUCAGACCUGGUCAAAAGAAGAGAUUGGUGCGUGGCUUCGUUGGUGCACAGAAGAGUACUCCAUUGAACCUAUACCACCGGAAAAAUUCGAUCUGAACGGCAAAGCGCUUUGUUUAUUAUCUCGUAGUGAUUUCAUGGAAAGAGUUCCGAGAAAUGGUGACGUUCUCUUCAACUGUCUGCAAACUUUGAUAGCAAAACAUGCUGGAAGUGGUAUGGUGUUCCAACAAAAUGUGCCAGGACAAGAUAUUUACCAGUCAUUCAGCGGAGAACACAUGCCAUCAAAAUCAACAUCAAUUUCAGAUCAUAUGACGACUGCUGGAUUUCUAAUUGUGCCUUCAACCAGUUCAAUGACGCCUGGGGUGUCAACGUCUUUAACAGCUGUGGCUCGCUCAAGUUAUGUUCCUAUAAAGCCUCACCCGUUCAUUUCCGUUCCAGUCCGGCAUCCGCAGGACGACACGAUAGCUACGUUUGUUAGAUCAAAUGUACAUCUUGGUGAGAAAGUAUUUCCUGGUACCACAUCAAUGUUAGAACAGCGCCCUCCCGGGAGUGAACACAGCUUAGACUCUUUGCGACAUGAUGCAUCUUCCGACUGUCGACUGCUUUGGGAAUUCAUAUAUCAGCUUUUAUCGAACGCAAAAUACAGUAACUAUGUUUGUUGGGAGGAUAAAGAUGACUAUGUGUUCCGAAUCAUUAAUCCAACAGGUCUGGCUGAAUUAUGGGGCCAACAGAAAAACAGAACAAAUAUGACAUAUGAGAAAUUAUCACGUGCUUUGAGAUACUACUACAGAAUGAACAUAAUAAAGAAAGUUCAAGGGAAAAGGCUUACAUACCGGUUUUUACAGCCGCCGUCAUGUAUCCAGAAAGGUCAAAGAGGGGCUAAACCACAUUACAAGAUUCAAAUGGACAUGAUUCGUGGGCAGCAAGGAUCACAGCAGUUCAUAAAACGAGAUCCGGAUUCACCUGCAUCUGGUUGUGCUACGGCAACAGCAAGUUACAGUCCGUCGGCUGAAAAUAAAUCUUCAGACGAAGAUGUGGAUGAAGCAGACAGCGAACACGAUUCAAGACAGAUUGUCAAUGAUACCGGAAGCAGUAGAAGUAGUCCAUGUGCAAGAAUAUGGGCGGAUAUUGAACAUUCACCGGAAAGUGCUAGUGGUUUGACAACGAAUGCAAAAUCGCCAGUUGCUUCUCAAGUUAUGUCUAGGUCCUCUUUUUCUAGUCCGUCGCAAUUUCAACAUGGAAUAAAACAUUCGUCAUACUCAACUAUGCCUCCACUCUCAGAGGAGAGGUACAUUCCAUUUGUCAAACAUGAAACUCCGUUUUCAUUUUCAUCACCCCAUGCAUUUCAAAGGGAAAGCUAUCUAACUCAUCCACAAAACACAAUUUAUCCGACUUCACAAGGUGUAAAUAUCAAAUCGGAACAUGAAAGACUGAGUGUUCCAGCAAUACAAUUUUUGGAAAGAAAUGCUAGAUAUCCUGAUGGUAUAUAUAGAUCUCUGUCGAGUGACUUUGCUCAAUCGCUUCAAGUCCGACCCUACGCGCUCCGUCCAACACAACCUCGCUCAUUAAGCCCGAGAAUAGACAUGCAGGAAGAACCGGAAGAUCUCUCAACAAGAACAAGAACUCGAUCCGCCAUUCUCUCACCUACAGAGUCCCAAAGACCGCAUAGUUUCUCGUUUUCAGGAAGCGCUUCAGAGAAUGUUAACUCAAGCUCUGGUAUAGACUCCCCAAUGGAACAUCAUGAUGCUCCAUAAUGUUACCCACAGGAUCUUGUACUGAAUCAAAGUGUUACUUGCAGGACCUCGUUUGGUCCAUAGUGUUUCCCACAUGCAUAAAUGUUGACCCACAGAGUCUACCACUUGACUAAAUGUUGCUCCAUAGUGCCUCCAACUUGACUGAAAUGAAGUGCCAUCGAUACCAUUCAAAAGCCCGUCAAUGCGCCUGUUUAGCUAUAUUUUGUAAAUGUGAAACUUAACUUUAUUUUCCUUGCAGCAUGUUGCGUGACUUCGUGAAAUUAGGUUUACGAGCUAGCAAGUUUUGACUCGCAUGUAUAUAUGUAUUCGGGCAUAUAUGUAGACCAAAUUUAAUUUGAACAAACAUUUUAACCUGUAGUGCUCUUUUGUUAAACAGGAUUUCCGAACACAAAACAGAAUGGUUGAGCUUUUGGAAACCAUUAUCUGGUAAUCAUGUUUUAUGGUAUUCCUAACUUGGCAAGUUAUUUAUUGAGCUCAAAGACAAAUUUGUAUUUGUAUUUGUACCUUUAACUUCUGUAAAAACAUUGUGACAAGAGAGGGUAUUAAAGUUUUGUUAUAAGAAA